AUGGCACCCUUACCUCCAGAGAGAUGUAACCUUUCUUUACCCUUUCAAAUAACGGGUAUAGAUUUUGCUGGCCGGUUUGAUUUAAAGACAUCUUCGUUAAGAAAAUCACCCUAUGUUAAAGGUUACGCCAGUGUUUUCGUUUGUUUCAGCACGAAAGCCAUACAUCUAGAACCCUGCUCAGAUCUAUCCUCUGCUGCAUUUCAGGCCGUAUUUAGUCGUUUCGUUGGGAGACGAGGCCUACCCCAAAGGGUAGUAACUGAUAAUGGCAGAAAUUUUCUCGGUUGCAGUAGAGCAAUUGAAGUCGAAUUUUCAGCUUUUGUUGAAAACGCAGCUCACGACAUAGCUCAGAAAUACAUUACUCACGGGUUCGAGUGGAAAUUUAUACCACCGCACGCUCCGCACAUGCGUGGCUUAUGGGAAGCCACCGUAAAAAGCUUCAAAUACCACUUUAAACGAGUUGCAGGGUCCCAUAAAUUCACUUACGAAGAAUUGGCUACUGUGUUAGCUCGUAUUGAAGGAGUACUCAACUCUCGACCAAUAUCUGCACUAUCUGAAGAUCCCACAGGUCUGACAGCAUUGACUCCAGAUUACCCCCUUUGA